AUGAGGUCGCAGACAAUGAAAAACUUGAUUUCUUUGAAGAAAAAUAUCACUCGGAGGAUCAAGCAAACCCUUGAGGAGAUAGCAGAGAAUUUAGGUCAUCCACAACAACGCCCAGUGCCAGUUCCAAUACCUAUACCAGUUAGAAGCGGUAGAAAUGCAAGCAGAUUAAGCAAACAAUUUUCUAGAUAUUAUAGCACAUCAAGUAACUUUACUGGUGGUCAUUAUAAGUUCCGGGCAUUCCAGUUUUUGAAUGUGAAGUACCAGAAUGGAGGAAAGUUGGGAAGAAUAAUCCAGAAUAAUUCGAACUGGAUCAGAUUCAAUAUCCAGAAUUCUAAUUUCAACCAAUACCGAUCAUUUAGAACGUUUCACAAGUCAUUUCUUUACAAUAAUUUUUCGCAGAGAUACCAAUCACAGUUUGGUAACAAAAUGGCGAACAUGAACUUUUUCAGGCAUCCUAAUGGUAGCUCACCAAUCAAGAAUUUGAAUCUCAACAUCAGGGCGUUCAUGAAUUCGAAGAAGUUUGAUACUUCUGACCCUAGCACGUACAAACAAGACUUGGUAUUGCAUCUGAGACCUCAAGUCAAGAGCAACAUACGCCUUAAUGUAUCUUUGACUCCAAAGUUCUCUGAACUCACCUUGCUGAUGGCAAGAACUGUUUCCUCUGCUGGCUGUGAGGAGACAUCUCAUAAUACUCAGACUUCCAAUGGAUGCUACGUUGAUUUCCCAAUGAGUAGUAAAUUUUCCAUUCCAGCGAUGACUAUCUUGAACAAUGAAAUACUCGAUGAAUUAAUGCAAGACUUGAAAAUUCUCGAAUCCAAGAUUGCUGAAUUGAAACUGGAUUUACAGAACUUGUUCGAGUUAGGGGAGUUACCUAUGAAAUAUUUGCACGAUCAAAAUAUUAUUAGGGUCUACUUUGCUAAUUGCGAUAAAGCAAGAUUAGAAAGCUUGUUGAGGGAAAAGAAUAUCAUAAACGGGAUAAUUUAUGAAGAAGCUGUUUAUGGAUGUUCUUCAGACUGUGCAAACGUCUCCGAGGCUGAUAUUUUAAGUUCCUAUUACGGCUCGUCAUCUUCGCUCGGUUCUUCCACAGAAUAUGACGAUGAUGUCUUAUCUGACUCUUCUCAUCAUCCCUUGUCAAAUGACCACAUUAUCAGACCAGAGAGCGGAAAUCAAUCUCAAAACUCACAACAUGUUAGCUUUUGCGACGAGGACAUAUGUUGGGUUUGA